AUGGCAAAACUUGGAGUGACAGUUCUCUCGGCAUUUUGCGCCAUAACGCUACAUUCGAUUAUACGUAUUGAAGCCAAUGUCUGUGACUUCUCUAAUCCAGAUGCCUUCGCCGAUGGGUUUUUCGUUCAGUGUAGCGUAGAUACCAGCGUCUAUCCCGAUUCUACUGCGAUAUGUCCACGCCAAUACAAAGGAAUCGAGUACACAUGGCAUCCUCGACCACGUGAAAUGCCGAGCGAUAAAAUCUAUGGUUACGUAAAGCAAAGUGGCAAGCUUGCUUCUCGUAAAAUUAGAAAUAUGGUACGCAGCGAAUUCAAGUACUUUGCCGGACGGUAUGAAGCCACUCCUUCGGGAAUCGCUAUGAAAUUUAAAUAUCCAGAGGUUCCAAUAUUGGCAAUGACCGAAAGCCGUUUCAUAUUUAUCUGCGGCCCGAAGACUUUGGUAGUGAGCGAUGACAUCGAGCGUGAGAUUUACCACCUUUCGGACAUUACAGAUGACACGCAUCCGAAUUCGUCACGGCCAUUGCAUCGCAGAGUGGGCAGGAACUUAAAGGAUAUAGGUGUUUUAUUCUUGAACAGAGGGCGUACAAGUGGAUGGUUUUACGGGUGCGGUAUGCUCGAUUCACCAUUGUUUCCUCGUGAUAACAACGUGUCUCUGGACCUACGUACUGAUGUGAUGUCAUGCGUGGUUGAUCCGAUGACCACAAGAACGAUCGGAUUCACUUGCGACGGUAUUGUUGAACCCCCAGGCUGCAACGGUCUCCUCUCUUGGUACACAGAGCCAGCAAUUCCUAGAAUUAGCACAGACGUGCGUGUAUGGAUGACAGGUAGGAUAUUCAAUGACCUAGCACUUCCUGAGUAUGAUGAAAUGUGCAUAUGCAAACAUAGCGACACGUAUGAAGUGAAGUCCAUUAUUCACUUCCGUUCACAAAACGUGUAUACAUGCGACAUCGCUGGACUAUUAGACCGCCACCGCAGGAGGCCCAUAAGUGGGCCUUGGUGUUCAGUAGUACUCCAUCCAGGAAGCACGUUGACCAUAAAGUUCCCAACUUUCAUCAUAGAUAAGGACUCCGAAACGUCUGACUUAAUAAUGAUGGGUAUCAAUUCAAACGACCUCGGAUUUGGGCCGAGAGACUUGGAAAUUCUGCGCCAACUGAAAUCAAUUGAUGACUUCAACAGCUACGAAGAAGUCCCGUACAACCAAGCCCUGGCUGGCAAUGCGCUCGAAUUAGAUGUUUCCGAAGUGGAGGGAGGAGAGGUGAAGCUGAAGUACCGAAAGGGCAGACCUCUGGCGUUACGAAACGGUGCAAACCGGUUUGAGUUUCAUUGGACUAUGGUGAAUGCUAAACAUGGCCGUAUACAUAGAACAGUAGCCACCGUCAGUCUGGCCCUCGCGUUCACCCAUAGAUAUGACGAUCUUGGUUUCGACGUAGUGAAACAAAAAGACGUAGAUCUAUAUAGCGUCUUCAAUCCAGAAAAGAAGAAAAAAUACACCUCUGUCAGACGUAAGGGAAAUGGUAUAGGGGACGUUUACGAAUACCGCGUACCUAUUGACGUUGCGAGUGAGCCUGCUGUUAUUUACUGCAAAUCAGACCGGAUGUUGCCGAAGAAUUGUGGCUAUGAAUCAUACGAUCUUCUCAAUAAUCGUGUUGUUGGAAUGGGUAUGGGUUCGACUCGUGUACGGGAAUCUCACCUUCCAGGAUUUAGAAAGCUCCACUUUGAUUCAGUGCACCAAAUAAGAGUCAGUAAGGCAUGUUACUGUGUCGACCAACGUGGUUACGAAAAAUAUAGGAUUGCAUUCGAGUCACAUUAUCCCCGCGACUUUGUCUUCGAAAUCUUUUCCCAGGGUGUUCCUAAAUCGCGUAUUCCCUAUGUAUUACUCCCAUGGAAGGAUGCGGAAGCAUCGAGUGAUGGAGUCACGUUAUCCGAAUGGCUUAGGGUAAAUGACGUGGUUGAAGCAUCAGUUACGAUGCAAGUCGGUGACACGGUGUCUCUGGAUUGUCGUAAAAGACAGUCGUCUCCCCUUCAAUGUUCUCCUCCACCCUCUGAAGCCCAUAGUGACUCAACCGCAACAUGGAUGCCAAGACAACCUGAGCAAUUCCAUUACUUGGUGAGCCAAACUGGCCGAGCGUUCGAUGUUUUAAAGAGAAAGCGCGAAGAUUCACUCGUAAUAACUCCAGGUGGAUUGAAAAUAGGUUUAGAACAUGACCCAACUAUAUCACCAUGCCGUAAAUUGAUCUUACAAGCAGAUGCGAGCGCCAUCGUGAUUUCUAAGGAUCCACUGAACUAUGAAACUUACCCGAUGGCAUUUUUUUGCGGCAUAGCACCCGAAGGAUCGGAACUGUCCGUCAAUAGCGAUACGCCAUCUCUACCUAAUAUGAAGGUCGUAGGGCCUGCCAAUCUGGAGAUGUGGCAUAUGGUUCGUGUUAACUUCGAGACCACUGACCCGUACAUGCAAGGCUGCGGUGUUACAUACGAGUCCACUGAGUUGUUCAAGCCAGAGACGCCCACACUCUACGACGAUAACGGUCAAGAAAUCGGUUGCAGGAUAGACAUUAACGCUGCUGAGGAAGCGGCAUUCUACUGCCCACCGCCGUACUCUCUCUACCCACCCGGUUGUUUCUUCGAGGUUGACAUGGACGGUGAAGUGGAGGAAGUAGACAGCAUCUCCGAUUAUUUCACGGCGACGACAUCCAAUCACUUCGUCAUUUUAAAGUUCCGAAGUGGCUUCGUUAGACCUGGCGAAACGAUGCUCCAGACGCCGCCGUUGGAGUGCCGCUGCAUCACCAACAAGGGUGUCAUUCUUUCCACCAUACAGAUCGUGAACUAUCACACCAACUUAUCUAAGUAUCGCCCCGGGUAA